AUGUCAGAACACACGACAAGAAGCGAGCAGACAAUUGACCAGAAGAAAAUGAACAGCUCUACCGAGAAGGCUAUUGUGAAAAAUGCUGACAUGAGCGAGGAGAUGACGCAUAGUGCCAUUAAUGUCUGUCGGGAUGCUCUAUCACAGUACACACUUGAGAAGGAUAUUGCUGCGCACAUUAAGAAGGCUUUCGACAAAGAUCACGGCCCUACCUGGCACUGCAUUGUUGGUCGAAACUUUGGCAGCUACGUCACACACGAGUCCAACCACUUCAUCUACUUCUACAUGGGUCAGGUGGCUAUCCUGCUCUUCAAAUCCGGUUAG